CCCGUUAGUGUUACUUCAAGCUUCGACAGAGAAGCUCGCGUAAAGCUUGACGCAGCGCAUUCGCCUCACGGUAACUGUAAACACAACUUCGAGCUGCGAGUUAUGUGGAACGUAAGAGCUCGCAAGUCUUAACCGUCGUCAACUUCGGCGCCAACCGAGAGUUUCGUGAAUGAUGAAAUUGAGAAUCGUGUUCAAGAAGAGACUGUCAAAAUUCCAAAAGUGAAAAGUGUCGAAAUCGCGAUGUGGUUCCUAGUGUUACUGUUGUUUUUCGCCUCCUCUUCCUCUGGCUCGAGGUACGGAGGACCGGUGCAGUGUUCCUGGUUACCGGAUAACACCGACACGACGUCGUCCAAACUUUCGCUCACGUGCAAAGUAAAAGUUCUCGGCGAAGCCGAAAGUGUUAACUUCACCUCCGUGCCCUCGGAGAUAACUUCGAAGCUGAAGAUAAUAUGCGAGAACGAGCUGUUCAUCGAGAGCGUCCUGCCGAGCCAGGGCCUGCAGCGGCUCCACGAACUCGUCAACUUGAACAUUGUGAACUGCAAGUUAUUAUCGAUCGAGCCCAACUCCUUCCUGGGACUUUACAACUUGAAACAGCUGUCCAUCAACACCCACAACUCCAACUGGGGUCCCGGAAAAAGCCUAGAGCUGUCUAGUUUGAGCCUGAUGGGUCUUAAGGAACUUCAACUUUUCGAUCUGUCCGACAACAACAUCCGGCUGUUUCCCGAUGGCACCUUCUGCGCCCUCCAGAACUUGCACACCCUGAACCUCACGAGGAAUCGGCUGAAGAACCCUGAGAAUUUCGGUUUCAACAUCCCCGAGUGCAGCAGCAGCGAACUUCACCAUUUGGAUGCGUCCCACAACGGUUUACGUUCCCUCACAGAAGCCACCGGUUUUUCCUAUCUUCGCCGUCUUCAGACCUUGAACCUGAGCAACAACAACAUCACCGACAUCUCCGGGGAAGCUCUAGCUGGUCUAGUUUCCCUGAAAGUGAUCAACUUAUCCAACAACAGAAUAGAAGGUCUACCUGCAGGUCUUUUCGCAGGAAGUAGGGAGUUACACGAAAUUCACCUUCAAAACAAUUCCCUAUUCUCCCUUGCCAAAGGAAUCUUCCACCGUCUAGAACAACUUCUAAUCCUUGAUUUAUCGGGAAAUUCCCUGACCAGCAAUCACAUAGAUGCUGGUACCUUCUUGGGACUCAUACGUCUGAUUGUCCUAAAUCUAUCCCACAAUUCUCUCACCCACAUCGAUGGUCGUACAUUCAAAGACUUGUUCUUCUUGCAAAUUCUCGAUCUGAGGAAUAAUUCCAUCGGAUUCAUCGAAGACAACGCGUUCUUACCCCUUUACAAUCUCCACACCCUGAAUCUGGCUGAAAAUCGUUUAAACACCAUCGGACCUCUUCUUUUCAACGGUUUAUUCAUCCUCAGCAAACUGACGUUAAACAACAAUCUUAUCUCAACUAUCGACCCCAAAGCUUUCCACAAUUGUUCGUCCCUGAAAGAACUAGAUUUGAGCUCGAAUUCUUUGGAACAAGUACCGGAAGCCAUUCAAGAACUCACAUUCCUGAAGACUUUGGACCUGGGAGAGAAUCAGAUAAGCGAGUUCCGGAAUGGCUCAUUCAAGAAUUUGAACCAACUUACCGGUUUGCGGAUGAUUGACAAUAAUAUCGGUAACUUGACCGUUGGGAUGUUCUGGGACUUGCCCAGUUUGCAAGUGUUGAAUUUGGCGAAGAACAAGAUUCAAGGGAUCGAGAGGGAUACUUUCAAGAGGAACACGCAAUUGGAGGCUAUAAGGUUGGAUGAGAACUACAUCGGUGAUAUAAAUGGGAUAUUCGCAACUUUGGCAUCCUUGUUAUGGUUGAAUUUAUCGGAUAAUCACCUGGUUUGGUUCGAUUACGCCUUUAUCCCGAAGAAUUUGAAAUGGUUGGAUAUCCAUGGUAAUUUCAUUGAACACUUAGGGAAUUAUUAUAAGAUCCAAGAUGAAAUUAGGAUUAAAACGUUGGACGCCAGUCAUAACAGAAUAACGGAAAUUUCUCCCAUGUCCAUCGCAAACAGUAUAGAGUUGCUUUUCAUUAACAACAAUUUCAUCAAGUCCAUCCACCCUAACACUUUCCUGGACAAAACUAAUUUAGCCAGAGUGGAUAUGUAUGCAAAUGAAUUAGUAAACUUGGAUCUGAGCUCCCUACGUUUAUCCACCUUCCCAGAAAAUAAGUCAUUACCGGAAGUGUACCUUGGAGGAAAUCCUUUUCACUGCGACUGUAACAUGGAAUGGCUGCAGCUCAUAAACAACAUCACGGAUUCCAGGCAAUACCCGAAAAUAAUGGACUUAGACAACGUCCUCUGCAAGUUGACGCAUUCCAGUAGAGGCGUUUCUCAUCUUCCUUUCAACCGCGCCAAGAGUAGUGACUUUUUAUGUACCUACGAGACACACUGUUUCGCCCUGUGCCAUUGUUGUGACUUUGACGCCUGUGAUUGCAAAAUGACGUGUCCUACUGGUUGUUCGUGUUACCACGACAGGACUUGGAACACGAACGUGGUAGACUGUUCGAAACAGAACGCGCCUGAAAUACCGCAGCGUAUACCAAUGGAUGCCACCGACGUCUAUCUGGACGGUAACAAACUGAAGGACCUGAAAGAUCAUGUGUUUAUCGGCAGGAAGAAUCUGAGAAAUUUGUAUUUCAACAACAGCGGUAUCGAGGAAAUCCAGAACAGUUCGUUUAACGGUUUGAACGCGUUGCAAACGUUGCAUCUGGAGGACAAUAGAAUCAGGCAGUUGCAAGGUUUCGAAUUCGAACAUUUGGUGAAUUUGAGGGAGCUGUACCUCCAGAACAAUUUGAUAAGUUACAUCGGGAAUCGUACUUUGGAACCUAUGGGCUCGUUGCAGGUUCUCAGGUUGGACGGUAAUAAAUUAGUGUCGUUUCCCUUGUGGUUACACACAAGUCAUCUACGUCUAACCGAGCUUAUGAUAGCCCAAAAUCCGUGGUCUUGUCGCUGCAAGUUCCUACAAGAGUUCACGGCCUGGGUCGCGGAUAACGCGUUGAAAAUCGUCGAUAGCAACGAUAUCAUGUGCGUGAAUUCAGACUCUCAACCACCGGACCAGAGAAGUUUGGACUUUAACAGUACGGCAUGCAGUGAUUUCUACGCGGGAAGUGUAAUCGAUACGAUGCUCGUAUCGGCCUACUGGCCAACUGUUGUUGUGACUUUAUGCCUCGUUUUUGUCGUGCUACUGGUCGUCGUACUCUGGUUCUUGUUCAGGGACUCGCUGAGAGUGUGGUUGUACUCGAGUUACGGCGUGAGGUUGUGCAGCUUCAGGGCCGCGGCCGCGUUCGAAGAUAGAGACAAGUUGUACGACGGUUUCGUGUGUUACAGUCCCAAAGACGAGGAGUGGGUGGUGCAGGCCUUGUGCGCCGAGCUAGAGACUAAGUUCCAAUUGUGCUUGCAGUACCGGGAUUUCCCCCAUGCUGCUUAUCUUCAACACACCGCUCCAGCCGUGCUGGAGGCGGCCGAAGCUAGUCGUCGGGUGAUAAUAGUUUUAACUAGGAACUUUUUACAGACUGAGUGGUCGCGAUACGAGCUUCGGCAGGCCCUGCACGAAGCCCUGAAAGCGCGAGUGUUCAAGCUGGUGAUCUUGGAGGAGGGUCCCCUUCCCGAAGCCCUCCUGGACCCCGAGCUCAAGCCCUAUCUCAAAACCGCUCAUCGGGUGCGAUGGGGCGAGAAGAGGUUUUGGGAGAAACUCUAUUACUCCCUUCCGUCUGUGGAGAAUCGGGGCAAAAUCAACGCCAACUACAGACGGAACAUCAACAAUUACACCAUAGACUCCAGGGUGGUUCCUAACGGUAGACAGAGUCACCACAGCUACCCGGAGAAGAUGAGGACGCAGGCGCCUCCGUCGCCUGGCAUGCAGAUGCUGCCGCCCCCGGCCUACACCUCUGGCAACCAUCCAGAAGUCGACGACGCCAAUUAUUCGUCGGCGACGACCGCGACGCCUUCCCCCAGGCCGGCGAGGAGGUCCAUCCAGGAACCGAGGCCGAUCAGCGACCACAUCUACUCCAGCAUAGAUAGCGAUUACAGUACCCUGGAACGCGGUGGGUCUGGCAGGAGAGGUCUCCCAUGGAGGCCCCACGUCUUCGUGCAGACGGCUGGCGUCCAAAAUGGCGGCCAGGCCUACCUUGUGUGAUAAACUUAACGACUGAUUAGGUAUGUAAAAAAACUAUUUCGAUAAAGACUUAACGGAUUCUGUAUAAUGUAAAAUAAUCCUCCAAAUUUUAUUAAUUUGUAUUAUAUUAUUUUUGUACAUUGAUUGUAAAUAGAUAUAUAUUUAUUUGUUCAUUAAUCUGUAUUAUUUUUGUGCAUAUUUUCUACCUAUUGCAAAACGAAUUAUAUAUAAAAUAAAUGCGAUGUGAAUUAUAAAA